CAAAAACCCCCCACCCCCCACCCCCCACCCACCAUCUCCAACUCUCCUUCAGCACAAACUUGGUAAGAGAGACUGAGAAGAAGAUGGCCAACGUUGCAACCAUUCCUAGUUUCCGCUCCGGUUUCCUUGUACUCUCCCUCUUGUUCUCCACUUGUUUCCUAGCUUCAGUCGCCGGACCGGACGAGAACCCAGGUGCCUUUGGACGGACCCUCAACCGGAAGCUGAUGGGCCUGAAGAAGGAGAAGCUGAGCCACUUCAGGUUCUACUGGCACGAAGUCCAGAGCGGCAAGAACCCGUCGUCCAUCAUGGUGGUUCCGCCCGUCAAUUAUUCGAAGACCUACUUCGGGCAGGUGAACAUGAUCGACAACCCCCUGACGCUGGGCCCGGAGAUCAGCUCGAAGAUGGUGGGACGGGCACAAGGGUUCUACGCCCUGGCGGACCAGGGCCAGAUCAGUCUCCUGAUGGCCCAGAACUUCGCCUUCAUGGAGGACAAGUACAAUGGCAGCACGAUCACCGUGCUGGGCCGCAACCCCAUCUUCAACCAGGUGAGGGAGAUGCCGAUCGUUGGCGGCAGCGGCCUCUUCCGAUUCGCCCGGGGUUACGUCCAAGCCCACACCCACACCCAUGAUAUCAAGAGGAGGGACGCCACCAUAGAGUACAAUGUGUAUGUCUUGUACUAUUGAUGGCAUAUGAGUCAUCGGUGCACUUUUUUUCCUUUGUUCGUUGUCUCCUUUUGAAAUAAUAAUUUAUCUUCGGUUUUCACACUUGUGCUAUUAUAGAUAUUGUCGAUGCCCAAUAAAAUUAGGUUGGAAAUGUCUAGAGUAAGGCUCCUAUUCCUUCACGUCGGGGCCCUGGUUGUCUUUGUAUACCAAUGAGUUAAGGUAACAAUAUUUUCUAAUCGCAUCGGUUGUCCUUUGAAUCGAGACAUUUUCCGA